AUGGUUUCUGAUCCUGGCACUUCAUCCAUCGGGUUUGUCAUUGCCUGCACUGGACUAGUGUUUAUCAUGAUUCCUGGUGUUGGGCUAUUUUAUUCUGGCUUGGCUCGCUCCAAAAAUGCUCUCUCUCUUAUCAUGCUGAGCAUGCUAUCCAUGUCUGUUGUAACGAUUCAGUGGGUACUGUUUGGAUUUUCGCUCGCCUUUUCAGAUACUGGAUCUGCCAUUAUUGGCAACUUCGCCAUGGGAGGACUUAAUUCGGUGGGAAUGGAUCCAAUCCCUGUUGUUGCUACGUUUAUUCCAGGAAUCCUUUUUGCCGUAUACCAGAUGCAGUUUGCUACAAUCACUGUUGCCCUAGUGUAUGGAUCAGUUGUUGAGCGUAUUCGUUUAGUUCCUGCUUUGGUGUUUGCGUUUGUGUGGACUACCGUUGUUUAUGAUCCCAUUGCUUACUGGUCCUGGGCCAAUCGCGGAUGGACCCCGUGUGGUAUUGGAUCGCUGGACUUUGCUGGUGGUGGUCCCGUCCACGUGGCUUCGGGAUUCGCCGGUCUCGCUUACUGUCUGGUUGUUGGCAAGCGAAGGAGCAUUGGUCCUGGCUCCGAAAAAGUAGAGUUUCUUCCUCACAACAUCACCAACGUAUUCAUUGGUGCUGCGCUACUUUGGUUUGGCUGGUUUGGGUUCAAUGGUGGGUCUGCACUUGCUGCAACCCCUCGUGCUGCAAUGGCUGUGACUGUUACCACCAUUUCUGCUGCAACAGGCUCACUUGCUUGGACUAUCAUGGCGUGUCUUAACCACAAUCGUUUAUCCGGUAUUGGGUUUUGCUCCGGCGCCAUUGCUGGAUUGGUUGCUAUUACUCCUUCCGCAGGCUAUGUCGCUCCUUGGGCUGCUUUAAUUAUUGGAUUCCUCUCUGGCGUUUCCUGCUACUACGCAACGCGCAUCAAGGAUGCAUUUGGGUUUGACGACUCUCUGGAUGCGUGGGGAGUACAUGGAGUCGGUGGUAUACUUGGUAGCCUUCUUACUGGUGUGUUUGCUCAAAAGAAAAUAGCUGCGCUUGAUGGGGCCAGUAUUGAUGGCGGAUGGAUUGAUGGAAACUGGAUUCAAAUGGGCUACCAGAUUUCGGGUACUGUUUCGAUCGCUGUCUGGUCUUUUGUUGGUUCUCUGUUGAUUCUUCUCGUGAUUGAUGUGAUUCCCGGUCUUUCACUACGUCCUACUCCCGAGGAUGAAGAUGCCGGUGCUGACUACUCUGAAAUGGGCGAAACGUGUCACAGCAAUGAGUCGACUCGAAUAAUCAAUGGAACAAAUCCGUCUCUGAGUGAUGUGUCGGCCAAUCGAUCUAGUACACACACUCUUCGAGUGGGUACAGAAGUAUUUUAA